AUGGGAUGCGUCCACGGGAAAUGCUGCUGCAGAUGCGUCGACGAGUGCUGCUCCGACGACGACGGCGGGGACGACGAGGGAGGCAGACGGAGCUCCGGCCACGACGCGCGGCGCCGCCACGUACUCACGCAGAGCGACGUGGGAUCCGCCCCCGUCACCUCCCACGGCCUCCUCCUCGAGUACUCCUCCCUCACGCAGCGCGGCCACUACCCGGACUCCCCGGAGAGGGAGAACCAGGACAGCUUCGUCAUCAAGACGCAGCUCCAGGGAAACCCUAACCUGCACUUCUUCGCCGUCUUCGAUGGCCACGGCCAGUUCGGCGCCCAGUGCUCCGGCUUCCUCAGGGCGAAGCUCGUGGACAUCCUCUCCGACGACUCCCGCUUGCUCGAGGACCCCGCGAAGGCGUACGGCGCCGCCUUCCGUGCCGCCAACGCGGAGCUCCGCGAGAGCGAGAUCGACGACUCCAUGAGCGGGACGACGGGGAUCGCCGUCCUGGUCGCCGGCGAUGCGCUCUUCGUCGCCAAUGUGGGCGACUCCCGCGCGGUGGCGGGGAUCUGGAACGGGGACUCUGUCGUGGCGGAGGAUCUCUCCUCCGAUCAGACGCCGUUCCGGAAGGACGAGUACCAGAGAGUGAAGCUCUGCGGGGCUAGGGUUCUCACCGUGGACCAGGUGGAGGGAAUCAAGGACCCCAGCAUCCAGAGCUGGGGUGAGGCGGACGACGACGACGAGGGGGAUCCUCCCAGGCUGUGGGUGCAGGACGGGAUGUACCCCGGCACGGCGUUCACCAGGAGCGUGGGUGACGCCAUUGCAGAGAAGAUCGGCGUGACGGCAGAACCAGAGGUCCUGGCGGCGAAGAUAACCCCGGAUCAUAUGUUCUUUGUCGUCGCCAGCGAUGGGGUCUUCGAAUUCCUGUCGAGCCAAGCCGUGGUGAACAUGGUGAGUGAGCUGCCAUCUCCGCCCCCCUCCCCCGCUCCCCAAUCCACCCUCUGAGCUCCUCCAUGAGUUUUCAUCAAACUUCAAACCCUAAAUUCUUCAUUCUCAUGUGAGCCUAGGUGGCCAAGUUUGCAGAUCCCAGGGAUGCGUGCGCAGCCAUCGCCGCAGAGUCCUACAGGUUAUGGUUGGAUCAUGAAAGGCGGACAGAUGACAUGACAAUCAUCGUCGUGCAUAUCAAGGACAUGUGUGAUGGAUGUAUGAGCCAGGCAGGCAUUCUUACCUACUCUCAUUCGACUAAGUAUCGCAUUAUCACCACUGGACUUGAUCAGCCAGGUGGAAGCACAGCUGAGGAUGAAGAGGGGAGGACCACUUCCAAGGUGUCGCUAAAGACGGCAGAGAGAACAGAUGAGAGGAAUGGUGUUCAUGGUUCUCAUCAUUCACUACGUAGAACGUCUUCAUGA